AUGCUGGAGGACGCAAUAUUGGCGAAGGUUGACAGAAUACACCACGCUCAGAAGAAAUAUAACAUCUUCAUCUCCACCAGGCCCGUCAAUGAUUUGCGUAACCAGAUUCUCUCCAACAUUGAUGAUGAUAGACCGUUGACUGGUACGCUUUGCGCUAUCAAGGACAACAUUGUCACCAAAAAUGAAGCCACCACUUGCGCGUCAGCGAUUCUCAAAGAUUAUCAGGCUUCUUUCAACGCAACAGUGGUAGAAUUAUUAGAAAAUAACGGGUCAGUAAUCAUUGGUAAAGCCAAUUUGGAUGAGUUUGGCAUGGGAGCCAAUAACACCCACUCUUUCACGGGUCAGACCUUGAAUCCCAUGUAUGAUGAUGAAAAGUCCAGUGAAACUUUGUUAGAUAAGCACAAGUAUGUUCCUGGCGGGUCUUCUGGUGGGUCAGCAGCAGCGGUAAGUGCCGAAUUGUGUGAUUUUGCCUUGGGUAGCGAUACCGGGGGAUCAGUCCGGUUACCAGCAGCUUAUUGUGGAGUUUAUGGGUUCAAACCGUCGUACGGUAGGAUAUCUAGAUACGGAGUACUUCCUUAUGCUGAUUCAUUGGAUACUGUGGGUAUUUUGGCGAGAAGUUUGAGAGUCACCAGGAAAGUCUACGAUGUGUUGAACCAGAGCGAUGUAAAAGAUCCAAGCUCUAUCUGUGAUGAAGUGAGGUCGAAAAUAAGUAAGACUGUUACAAGGCUUGCCAGAGUUGAGGAUACAGAAAAAAUAACUAUCGGGAUUUCCAAAGAUUACUUAGCCAAAGGAGUCACUCCAGACAUCCUUGUGACAUUAGAAUUAAUUGCCUCCAAGUUGUUUGAAUCAGGGUACACUAUUGUCCCGGUAGAUAUCCCAAGUCUACCAAUAUCGAUCCCUGCCUAUUUUGCCACUGCCUAUUCUGAAGCAGCCUCCAAUUUAUCUAGGUACGAGGGGGUAGAACGCGGGUAUUCUAAUAUUGCCACCGAUGGUUCGGAAGAUUAUAAAUCAUUCAUUUCCAAAAAUAAGCUCCAAGGGUUUGGCAAUGAAGUCCAGAAAAGAUUAUUAAUUGGAAAUUACAAUUUGAGCUCCGAAAAGUUCCGAGACAAUUCUCGGAAGGCCCAAGCUAUUAGAGACCGACUCCGAAAUGAAUUCAAUUCAAUCUUUAAAAUGCCCAAUGCUUUAACAGUCACGGAUUUUGAAAAUGCUGAGAUCGACGCUAUGUCUGUGGAUUUCAUCAUUGCCCCGAUUUCCACCACUAAAGCUCCAAAGUUGGAAGAUCUUAAUAAUAAAAGGAACGUCGACCCUAUAAGUGCCUAUGUCAACGAUGCUUUUUUGAUCCCAUCUUCUUUGACUGGAUUGCCUUCGAUUUCUGUUCCAUGGCAUAGUAGUGGCAGUGAAUACCCUACAGGAUUGCAAAUCAUUGGGCAAUAUGGAGACGAUCAAAGGGUUUUGGAUUUCGCCGAGAAAGUUGGAGAAUUGAAUACAUUCUGA